AUGGCUCGUCUUACACGACCCAGGUCCAAACUCCCAUUGGAUUCAUUGCAAAAUAGCAGCGGCAAGCGCCAGAAGAAAGCCUCUCAACAUACACGGUUCCCCUCAAUGCAACAUUUCUUCAAUCAGAAGCGACAAGAUCUCCUCGAUUCGACGCCUACCACGUACAAUUUCCAUACACGGGUCGUUCCUGACGCAGGAGGCGAAUUGAUCCAACCCUUACCUUCGGGUCGACCACGGGAUGUCUUCACGGACGUGGGCGCAAGCGAGCAGAGAAAGAGGCACAUCAGUAAGAGGCAGCAGAGGGAGCAUGAUCCACGUUGGUGCGUUGCCAGGUACCAAUUGCUCAGGAUGUGGAAUGCGGAUCCCGUCGCCGGAGAGCAGAUGGCUGAACAAGAGAGGGCAACACCGAAGAUGAGGUCGCAACUCAUGAAAUAUAGACUGAGGGAGUACAAUCCGGUCGAACGGGAAGCAAGUGCUUGCAAAGGUACGCCAUCAAUGAAGAGGGUUGCAGAUGAUGCACGGGAGCAUGCUGAAAGCGAAUCGUCAGGAAAGAAACAAAAGCUCGAUAAUGCAGAAAGCAAGGGCCACUCCUCUGGCUCUCAACCAUCCUUGGGCAAUCACAUGUCGAGCUCGUCAUUAGCUGCUGGUACAGGCUUAUCCGGGGCGAGGGCGCAAGACUCCACAAAACUUCGAAGCAAACAGGCACCUGGAUAUCGUCGAAGCACUUCCGUCGAUGAACAACAAAAACUCGACGAAGUGCUUCAAGUUGUGCAGAAAAUCCGAGAGCAGACGCGCGGCUGUGAUGGGAAGGAGAACAUCAAUAUCACUGAGCAAGGCAAAUAA